AUGGACGACACUGACGUGUACGAGGGAGAGCGCAGUCACAUGCACCGCAUCACUGCGGCCAUCAUGGAGGACACGGAGAACUUUGUGCUCACCUGGGCCCUGUACCUGCCCUUCAUGAAGAAGCUGGUGUACCUUGCUUAUGAGGCCUUUGGAAAGUACACGCUCAGCAUUGCUCAGCACCUCAACCGCUGCAUUGAGGACUACUAUGAAAAGCAGAAAAAGAGCAGCGGAAAGGUGGAACUUAACAUUGAAAAGAAGGAAAACAUUCUCGACUUUAUGCUCGAGCAAAAGGCGCUGGGUAAUCUCAAUGAAAAUGAAGUGAUGGGUAACGCCAUUACGAUACUCGUCGCCGGUUAUGACACGACUGCAACUGGUCUCACCUACACCCUUUACCUGCUUGCAAAGCACCAGGACAUUCAAGAGGAGCUUCGUGCUGAGGUUCUGGCGACUCCACAGGAGUACGAUGCCGACGGGCUAGAGAACCACUGUACCUUUGAUGAUAACCGUUGUGAGCUGCUGGAUCGCGUCUGGUUCGAGUCACUUCGCCUUUACCCGCCGGUGGUGACCUUUGUCACGCGAGAGCUGGACGACAAUCUGGAAGAGGACGGCGUAGUGCUGACAAAAUCAGGCGUCAAGGUGACCAAAGAGAUGACAGUUCAAGUGCCCGUCUGGACAAUUCACCACGAUGAGCAGUACUGGCCAGAACCGAAUCGAUUCAAUCCACGCCGAGAGGGACUGCCCAUUCCCGGUGCUCCGGCUAAAGAG